CUCGUAAUGGUGACUGUACGAGUUAGUAUGGUCUGUGAUCAUUGGGAUGAUGCAGUGCCAAUGACAGAAUCCGAGUCUGCAUUCCCGCUACUCGUGCUCUUCUCGUACUUUACUGGUGUAGACUAAGCUCAGGUCCCAAACCUCUGCUGUUCAUGAGCUUUUUACUUACCUCAGUUUGGACUUCCUCAGGCACCUAGAACAUAGUCCUCAGACACGCAGCACUCACUCUUACCAGCCAGCUUUGCAUACCUAGGUACCUUCCUGGGGUAGUCAUCACCACCAUCUUCGUCAAGUGUCAACAACAGACCCAACCCAACCAAGUCAACAUGCCGCGACUCCCUCGCACACUCGUCUCCGUCUCGAGAACGGCCACUGCCCGCCUCAUGACUCCUGCCUCGGCUUCGGCUUCGGCUUCGGCUCGACAUCUAUCCUGCGCCACUCGUCGUUUGGCAAAAGCCCCAGACAGCACGCCCGGCUGGGAAGGCCGGCCCAAGGAAGACCACGCCGUGAACCGGUCGCCGCACGACCCUGAGGCCCAGAGUGCGCAGGAAGGCAUGAAAGAACACGAACAACUCAAAGAAGGCAGCCAGGCGAUCUCGAGAAAGGACGAGCGCGACAAUAACAAACGGGCCAAGGAGGACCAUCCUGAAGCCCCGGAGCCGGUUAUUGGCAUGAACGAGGAGCGUGGUAGUAAAGGACAUUGACCCCCCUUCCGUACGAUGACCUCACGUAGGGUACUGUGAUCCAGAAACCGGAAAGGGUGAGGAUGAGAGCAUUGCCAUACGGAAACUGACGGCCAGGAGACAAACAACGACUCCUGCAGCAUCUAAGGGAGGGAAACCACGAGCAGAGCAUCAGCCGGGGCGCUGGAUUGCAUUGACCAUGUACAUAUUAUGGUCCUCAUCGAGUCUUUAUUGCUGAAUUCGUCUUUAUAACGUCC